AUGAAAAAGUACAGCCGCAGGAACAGCACCCCUCUCGACUCGACCCUGGUCAAAGCAUUCCAUGGUGCCAUCGAGCAAGGCGAUUUGGAUGAGGUGCGGGCCCAACUCGCAGCUCAUCCCCGCUUGGCCAACACUAAGGAAGUAAAAACAGGCGUGACAUCCCUAAUGAAGAGCUCCGUCGCGCCAAAUGCGAUAGCCUUGAUGACUCUGCUUCGCCAGCAAGGUGCAAAUCUGGCAACGAGAGAUGCAACCCGCAGAACGGUCCUCUUAUACGCGUGUACCUGCGGCGCUGAACCAGCGACGGUGGACUUGCUCUGGAGCUGGUCGAGCCUGCGCCCUUCCCCCGAUUUGCGCUGGACACAUUGCGACUCUAACCACGAUGGUGCGAUGGUGUUAGCCGUGCGCAGUCGUAACGUCGCCCUUUUGCAUCAUUUGUGGUCUAUUGUCCCAAUCUCAGCCCAAAGCAAUGCCAGCAACCAUAGUCUGAAGCAAUUGAAAGCAGCCAUUUCAACCAACGACGAAGACUUUAUCAUCGAGGUCAUGAGCAAUCCGUUGAUUCAACAAGCCGUCAAGGACGAAGACGAGUUUGAGUACGAAUAUUGGGUUGACGACUGGUCGAGCAGCGAUGCUAAUACGCACGACAUCAAGAUCACCGUCGCAUGUUGUAUCAAGAACGCCAUCGACGCAAACCUGCGGCGUGUAGUGGACUUGUUCGAGCGCAUCAACCCAGGGUACACUCAUGCGACGCUGUUUUACUAUUGCCACACUAUGCAACCAUGUGAAAGUGCCGAGUGGAGUGACUUCACCUCACGAUAUGUGUGGGAAUCGUCACAAGACAUUGUGCGACCUGCCUUGUUGGUGCAACGCCAGUGGUUGCCUGGCUUAGUGCCCCUUGGUCACCACAUUGCGUCGUACUUGAUGCCACUCAUGGCCCAAGUGUACAAACGAGCACAAAUCCGGAUCAACGACUUUGAAAUCAGCGACGAUGGCGGUUCCUCGUACGAUGGAUUUUACUCCUGCUCCGAGGACGGUGGCUACAGUUCGUAG